AUGCCAUCAAUGGGGACCAAGGCGGUCAUCGGAAAUAUGGCUAACCUCAAAUUGAGAACAGAAGAAGACACGAAGAUACUGCCUCCUAUCCUUCGCCUACCAGUCGAGCUUCGAAUCCAGAUCUACGAAUAUUACAUCUACGACAGCACCAGGAAUCAAACGCCUCCAGGUAACGAUACCACUGCCUGGCUGUCUCCUGACUGGGACAAGCAAAACAAGAACAAAGACCGAAGCUACUUUCGCCGCGUACUUACCGAAAUGCGCGUCCUUCUUAACCUCUGCCGCCAGAUUCGCGAAGACGUGGCACUCCUCAGCACGCCCAUGACAGCUCUCGCGCUAGACGUGGGCAACAAGCAAUGGAGGACUAUCGACCCCAAGAUCCUAGGCUCGGUCUGGGUUCGCGUUAAGACCUCCGACUCAAUCACGGCCGCGAAGCUCCGAGUUGAGCAGCAAGUUGAAGGUCUGAUCGGAUGUGUGGUAGCGGGUGGCAAGGAGCACCAUUUUGGGAUUAUGUAUUUUACUGAUAAGCUGGAAAUGGGUAUCAAGGUUUUUAAGAAGGAUGUUCGUAUUGGAUUGGGGAGGAGGAUUCUUCGGAAUGACUUGGGCGUUAUGAGAGAUUGGCCCGCAGAUGGCAUUGGAAAGGGAACUCCUGUCGGUCUGCCUACGGGUGUGAAAGUAAAGCGUUUGAUCGCGGUUGGAGACUACUGA